GGAGGUAAUUCGAGGAUGGGAUGUCCUCAGCCUCACCGCCUCCGGUUCGCUGCUCUCAGUCACAUGGCACAUCAGAAACCUAACUUUUGGACUAGAAAUGAAAUCGAAAGUGGUUUUAGUCCAUGUUAACUCUCCAUUUCCUUUCCUAUAUAACCUUAAAACGUCGGGGACAUUUCUCAACUCCCAUGACGACGUCCAUGAAAAGCAGUGAACCGACCGGGCACGUGCAGUUUGCAUGAGUACUAGUUCAGGCUGCUAGCAGGACUUAAUCGGAAGACUCUUCGCAUUGCUAACCACGUUUAUUCUUAUAUGCGUUUUUACUUCACGCGUUGUUUUUAUAACCCCUGUUUUGUCUUAUUUUUAACAACUCGCGAUCAAAAGACCAGAAACAAAAAAUCACCGGGUCUAGUUCAGGUUACCAGGUCUUUGGAAACUCCCGACUUUCAGACACAAAACCUCACAUAACUUCAUUGUAACUUCUGUGUGAUCAGGUGUUCCCACUCUCUGGUUACUUUCUUCUGGCUUAUUAUUCGGGUAUUCUGUUGAUGAUCGAGGGCAGACAACGAUACUGAAGCUGCAGAGCCAGCUGCACCUGUCCUCUUUGUGCUCAACCCCUGCGCUAUGAGCAGAGGUAGAGGAGGGUCUUACAAAGAACACCCCCAGAGGCAUAAACCUCCCCACUUGCAGGUCAAGGAGAAUUACUACAGACAGCUCUUUCCGAGAGCUGACCCAGAGCAGAUACCAAAUCAACUUUAUUCCAACAGCCCCGGAUGUCCUUCCGUCCCCUUAAGGUCCCCGUCCUCUAUCCUUCCCUCUGCUCCCCCGAUACCAAACCAUAUUAAUGUGGCCAAUUCUGGAGCUUUUAAUUGUUCUAAUUACCAGAAUCUGGGUUUUGGUCCGACACCAAACUCUUUCCAAUAUAAACAGGCAGAGUUCCUUAGAGGACAGAUUUCAGAGGCGCCGCAGUUUAGAAGCAGUCCUGGAGCAAUAGGCAGCAGGCCACCUAACUAUACACACCAGCCGCAGCCUCACUAUAAUAGAUACACAAACCCCAACAGCAGCCCCAGGAACGACAGAUAUUACAGAGGAUGCUAUAGGCAAGUCCAGAGUUAUUCCUUUCCGUCUCCUUCAGGAUCGUCUCAGGACUUUGUAGGUCCUCGACACCUGAAUCAAAACCAGUCACGAGGGGUUAACCACCAACCAUCCAACAGACAAACAAACCUCCUGUGUGAUAAUUUUCAGAGACUGAGUUUCCAACAAGACAGGGGAGCUGGAAAACGCUUUGACAGACGGUCUUCAUCAGGGAAGUACGCUAAAGGUAAUAUAACAAUAACGCCUGUCAUACAGGAACAAGUGCACAAGGCUUUGAAGGCAGAUGAGGCUAUACCUGCAAAGGUUUUAGCCAAAAAACUGCACUUGCCCAAGAAGGUGGUAAAUCAGGCUCUUUACUCUUUAGAACCGUUAAAAAAAGCAUCCAAACAAGGACUUCUGCCUCCAGAGUGGACUCUGUAUCGAGAAAAUUCCCAGGCUGAGGCAAGAAUAUCAGCUAAACCACAGAGCCCCCCCUCCCUUUUGAGUCUCAGCUCUAAUCAGCAUCAAUCAGCUGAAGCUAAGGUUGACGUAGAAAAGGAGCAAGAGACCAAAGAGGAAGACUCCGACUCCGAAUCUAGUUCUUCUUGCUCUUCAUUAGAGUCCUCUGCCUCUGAGGAUUGCCAGUCCUCAGCAAUAGUUGGAUGUCAAGAGAAUCCCUGUGCUAGCCCAGCUGACCUUGAGUUGAGCUCUGCAAUGAUGGCAGAUCAGAAAGAGAAAGUUUUGAAAUAUCUCUUUGAAUUGGGUCAAACAACCGCUCUCGUCUUGGCAAAGAAACUGGGCCUUAGGAGUGCCAAGCAGAUCAACCCUACCAUUUACGAUCUGGAGAAGCAAGGCGACGUUAUUAAAAAUGACACCAUCCCUUACAAAUGGGAGCUGUCUCCCCAUCGCAAAGAGAGGAUGGAAAGGAGCUUGAAAGCCGCUUCCAUCCCCCAAGCUGGUCAAAUGGAGGUGGAUGUUAAUAGAGAUCAGAAUGAAGGAGGAGCUUUGCCAGGCCUUGAACCAAUACCUAAGCUUGAGAAUUGGACACAAGAUCAACCUCAAGGCAAAAUGACGCCCUCCGCCAGCCUGUAUGAAGACAACACGAACAAUGAGUCACAGUGGGCAAAUGAUAGCAUCCCAGAUUACCUCAAUGCCAUACGGAGACACACAGAUGCCAUCAAACUGGCUGCUGAAAAGGGUAAUACUGUAGGAACCGUUGCUGUCUCUCUGGCGGCUCCUCCUUCCCAGAAUCUUUGGGCCAAAUUACAAGAGGUCCGCUUAAAAAACCCAGUCAGUGGCCUUAUGGAGUAUGCCCAGUAUCUGGGUCAAAGCUGUGAGUUCCUUCUUCUGGACCAGAGUGGACCGUCUCAUGACCCAAGAUUUCGAAUGCAAGUGAUGCUCAAUGGAAGGCUGUUUCCUAUUGCGGAGGCUUCAAAUAAAAAAGUGGCUAAAAAGGAUGCAGCGGCGGCCACUCUGCGUAUCCUCAUCAAAGAGAUGCAGGGAGGAGAGAGCACAGAGGACGAAGACAACACCACCAGCAUGGACCGAGAGUCUGACCAACUCCCUGACCACUCUGGGUCUGUUGAAAACACACAGGGAGGUUCGGCAUCUGGCGGAGUGGAAGGGGCGGAGGGACCCCGCCAGCCCCUGUCCCGCUCUCUGCCUGGUGGGAAGAACCCGGUCUCUGUCCUGAUGGAGUACAGUCAGCGCAGUGGGAAGCCCAUCGAAUUCAUCGCCACUGGGCAAACAGGCCCACCGCAUGACCCACGGUUCAAGUACAGAGUGAAGGUGGGGGAAAACUUGUUUGCAGAAUCAUCAGCUCCAAGUAAGAAGGCAGCUCGCCAGCUGGCAGCAGAGGAAGCCGUCAAAGAGCUAAUGGCUGAUGGAAAACUGCAACUUAACAAGCCACUGCUGCCCCUGGGUCUUUCUGGUGACUGUGAUGAAGGGAGCUCUUCUGGGGCCGCAUGCCCUUCUCUGCCACCUCUUACUGCAGAUGAGCUGCGAGCGGCCCACGAGGCAGGUGUCGGGGAUCUCAUCAAUCACCUGAACAACAACGCUGUGUCUGGCCUGCUGGAGUAUGCCAGAGCCCGAGGAUUUGCUGCUGAGAUCCGCUUGGUGGGCCAGUCUGGGCCACCACAUGAGCCCAAGUUCACCUACCAGGCCAAACUGGGCGGACGCUGGUUUCCUCCGGUUUGCGCUUCCAACAAGAAGCAGGGAAAGCAGGAAGCAGCGGAUGCCGCUCUGCGGGUUCUGAUUGGAGAAGCUGAGAGGGCAGCUCGCACAGGGGAGCUUAUCCCCAGCGAGCUACCAGUGAGCGGCAGCACUUUACAUGACCAGAUAGCGAUGCUGAGUCACCAGCGUUUCAACGCCCUGACCACGCGCAUUCAACACUGCCUUUUAGGACGCAAGAUUCUGGCCACCAUCGUCAUGAGAAGAGGGGAAGGCCUUGGGACCGUUGUCAGCCUGGGGACUGGAAAUCGUUGUGUCAAAGGGGAGGAGUUGAGCUUGAAAGGGGAGACCGUUAAUGAUUGUCAUGCGGAAAUCAUCUCUAGAAGAGGAUUUAUUCGGUUUCUGUACAACGAGCUACUCAAAUACUAUGAUGGCGCAGAUGACAGUAUUUUUGAACCGGCAGACGGGAAUAAACUUCAGCUCAAGUCUGACAUCACCUUUCACCUUUAUAUCAGCACGGCACCUUGCGGAGAUGGCGCUUUGUUCGACAAGUCAUGUAGUGAGACGGGAGAUGAAGUCCAGGGCCACUCGCCUCUAUUUGAGAACAUCAAGCAGGGCAAACUUCGAACGAAAGUGGAGAAUGGUGAGGGAACCAUCCCAGUGGAGUCAAGUGACAUUGUACCCACUUGGGAUGGCAUUCAGCAUGGUGAAAGGCUGCGAACCAUGAGCUGCAGCGAUAAGAUCCUGCGCUGGAACGUGCUUGGCCUCCAGGGGGCACUGCUCACACAUUUCUUGCAUCCCAUUUACCUGAAGUCAAUCACCCUUGGUUAUCUGUACAGCCACGGUCAUUUGACCCGUGCUGUCUGCUGUCGCCUUGCCAGAGAUGGUGAAGCCUUUGCACAGAGUCUGCCCCAUCCCUUCACGCUGAACCAUCCCGAGGUGGGAAGAGUGAGUGUGUACGACUCCACGCGUCACACAGGCAAGACCAAAGAGUCCAGUGUGAAUUGGAGCCUUCCAGACCAGUACAAUGUGGAAGUCCUUGAUGGGACCAAAGGAAAACUAGAUGGGAACAAACAGUCGGUGUCCCGGGUCUCCAAGUCCCGUCUGUUCUGCCUGUUCCGCUCUAUGUGCCAGAAGUCAAAUCGCGCUGACCUCCUGUCCCUGCCCUCCUACGCUCAGGCCAAAAUAUCAGCCACAUCCUUCCAACUUGCCAAACAACACUUCUUUCAAGCUCUCAGCGUCCACGGCUAUGGAGCCUGGAUCGGCAAGCCGCUGGAAGAGAAGAGCUUCGAGUCUGUGGAGGGAACGGGAAACAACGGAGCGUGCACCUCUGUGGAGUUUGGGGGCGGUAGAAACGAGGGGGCAGUGGAUUACAAGCCGGCAGAGGCGUAGAUCAGUGCUUUUCUUUUCUUUUUGAAUGAACAUGCAGGGAUUAAACGGGAAGGAGAGAUGCUGAAAGGGUUAAAGAUGUGUAGGCCAGGAAGAUGGAAUGAUGAAAGGCAAGGAAAGUUGGAAAGGCAUUGGCCAAAAGUUUAGAACAACCUACAAGUUCAUACAGAACAUUGCAAGCAAUUAAGCUGGUGAAAAGUUGCAAAUGAAAGUUAGAGUUAUUUUUAGUUGUAUUUGUGUGCUCACAGCCUCUUGAGUUUAGUUGUCUGUCAUGGGGUUGUUGUUCGGCACCUGGUUGUUGCAUCAGUCCUGCAGGUUCUUGAGUCGUUGCACAAACAGAGCAGACCCAGACCAGUUUCUCUCGACUAAUGCUCUGUGUUUACGUUUUACAUUCUCCUGCAAGGUCUCAAUCUGGCAGUAGAACCAUUCAGACUAGAACUUCAGACUUUGUUUGUCAGAGUGGCAUCUAAUGGGAACCCUUUUCACUCUGUGUGAGGCCUUCUCUAUUUUGCAGCGUUGCCAUUGGUGGAUCCGAAUUGAUUGUUUUUCUAGCACUAAACCAGUUGUCCAAGUUAGAAGUAAUUCUUCCAUGUAACAAGCAGUGAAGUAUUUUUCAUUUCCUGCAAAAAUGACAAAGUUGUUUUUGAAUAUAAUGAUGUCGUGUCACCAAUAAGCUGAGUCCUGCAGAAAUCCUUCAUGGCACACAGCUCCUGCCAAACACAAUCAUCUACAUGUAGUUAUUGUGCUGCAUUUUGAUAAGCCCCAGACAGCUGGAAAUUCUAAAGCUGCAUCCUAAAAAAAUUAUGAACAUUUUGUUCUUUUCCCAUUCAAUUAAACUUUUUUUUUACUCGAAAUCCUAAAACUGCCUUUUCUGCAUGUUAUCUGUCUUAAAGUUCUGGUCUGAAGCUGUCUCGAUGCAUGGCUGGUUCCAGAAAACUUUUUAAAAAAAUCUGAAUGCCCGCCUUGUACUCGUAAAAGAAGUGAUGCAAUACAUACAUUAUGUGUACACAGCUACACAAAUGCACUGACGUACAAUCCAAAGGCCUGAAUGCGUUUUGGAACCAUUCAGAAAAUGUCUAAUCAAAGGUUUCUCUGCAGUGCAGCUGCAGUUUGUGUGUUGUGCUGGGGGUUCAUCACUCGUACCCCAUCUGUUUGUGUAGAAGAGCUCUCAGUCUUUUAUUUUGUCUUGAAUUUAAGGGAACGCUACAAAUGCAAUGCGAAGUGGCAUAGUGUAGUAUCAGACACAUGUUUGUGCUGGAUUUGAGCAGACAGCUCAAUGCAUAAACUGAGCAAAAGCGUGGAAGAAUGGGGGUUUUCAAAGUGGGAUAGACUCCUGCUUUUUCUUCUUUUUUUUUUUUUUUUUGUUUUUUUACCAGCGUGUGACCUUGUCAGAGCAAGCAUUUUGUUUUUUCCAUCCUAAAUUCUGAUGUGUUGUAGUUUUGAUUUUUUUGUUUUUCGGCCCCCAGCUGUGUUCUCUGGUGUCUGUAACUGAUGCUUAUUUCAGUAACAGCUGCCUCUCAAUUAUCUCAAAGCAAACAGGGUUUUCACCCUUACAUCUGCUUUCAGAUAAACUUAAAGAACUCUGUUUGAAUUCUAUUUCCCCAAUUAAUCGUUCGCGUUUAGACGCUGACACAGUUUCCAGUCUCUUAUAUCCCUUGCUUUCCUCUCAUUCUGAUGCUUCAGUCUGAGCUGGUGGUCCUUUCAGCGUUGAUGCAUUCCCCUGUUAUAUUUCCUUUACCUAGAAAAUGACCUGGUCGGUUUUAAAAUAAAGAAUGAGGAUUUUAUGUUUCUGUAGAACACUGCGGGGCAUAUCUAAACUUGUAGCCCAUAAAUCCAACUAUUUGGGGGAUUUUAUUUUAAAAAAAAGUAUAAAACAGUUUAUUUUUUUCAUCAAUUGUUUGAUUGAUUUUUAACUAAUUGUAUUUCAGUUGAAAGCAAAUGUUUAAGUGGUAAUGUACAGAUUUCUGGUGGGCUCAGAUUUCUAGUCCCACUGUAUGCAAAUAUGUAUGUUUUCAGUUGUGUGUGUGUGUAUAUAUUCUGUAAAUCGCCUUGAAUGGCUUUUCUAUGUGUUAAAUUAGGCUUUCAACAGUUUCUAUGUCAGUUUAACGCUUUACUUUUUUUAUUUUACAACUUGAUUCUUCAUGGAAAUAAAAAAAAAUAGGGAGUCUGCUAAAAGUGUCAUUGAAUCCUUAAAGGUGGGAUUGCAUCACUGUAGCAUUGCAAUGUCCAAAUGACUGCUUAAAGCAGACUGUGGACAUUUUAAUGUUUUUUUAAGAAGAUUGGCAUUUGUUUUUGUGCUGCCUAUGCUCCAACAUGGUGUUUCUUACUGGCCUCUUUCUAUCCAGAGCUACAUGUGAGUGCAGUGCUCUAAAGGAUCAGCAGGUGGAAAUGUGUGCACAUCUAAACCUUUUAGGAAAGAAAGACGCCAUGAUGUCAGUCAGCUGUGAGUUUCUCCUCAUGUUUGUUAGAUCCGGGUGUUCAACACCUUUUUUACAAAGUCUCUGUCAAUAUACCAGCACAUUGUAAUGUCUUAAGGUCAUUCCAGGCUUGGUGUUUUUCCACAUCUGGAUGUCCUGAGAAAAAAAAAAAACUGUUUUGGUCGACUCAAACAUCUUCAAUAGAUCAUUUUCUGUCCUGCGUUUGAUCCAUUUGUACAGCCGGUGCACAGAAAACACCAAGCUGACCCAACGCGGUCAAACAGCAGACGGGGAACGGUCACAAAAACAUGAGAAUAUGGAACGGAUGAUGGCUGUGAUGCAUUUGAAUAAAACUGUAAAGCUGCAAAUACAAUAAAGUUUAAAAUAACAAAUAAAACGUGUUUUUUCUACAUA